AUGUCAACUCUGGAAAUGAGCGGAAGUCCUUCCGGUGUCUUCUCACCGCGUUGGCACGGCCAUCGGCUAAUGAAGGUAUCCGUCUUACUAAUUGAGGCGACCAUGGCUCUAGUAAUGACUUCCGUAUUUCAUAUAAAGCAAACUUGGAUCAACCUUCCCGCCCGUCACAUUAACGCCGAAGAGAGCUCCAUUGGAGGUGAGAAUAGACAAGACCAAACCGCUGGCAAUGCCGAGCUCAACGCAAACAAAACUCAUGCGGCGACUUGGAGGGCGCUGUAUCGGUUUAAGAGCCUAGUGGCGCGCCGUCCUCCAACCCUCAUGGCUCGAUCUCCGACACUCGCGCCCGGGGAGAUAGCAUUCGGAAAACUCGGGUAUCAUUUCCAGGCCCUCACUACGCCCUAUUAUGGCGCAUCGAUCGCACUUACGGCGUAUGUCGCCCUUCGGAGCAUUCUAGUUGACUGCCUUGUGGGCGUGGAUUUUGUUCCCGGCGAGGUGUUGGUCAAUAGAAAGAUCCGUAGUGAAUUUUCCAAUCCCGUAUCGGCUCUGCUCCGAUGUUUCGAUAUUUUCGGCUCUACUCCGACAGCCGCCAACGCAAAGAAGUAA